AUGAUAGCCGCUCAAGAACUCUCCGAAUUUCUUCGAAUGGAGAUUCGCCUCAAAUUCGAGGAAGAAGUUCUUGAAUUCUACAGAAAUGGAGAAAUCAAAUCUGCUCGGUCAAAGAAAAAUCCACAGAGCACAUUUCUAGUCAUCAAGUCCACUGUUGGAGGCUCAAAGGUGAAGCUUUCGCAGAAGAAAUUGGGAAGAAAGCUUCGCCUUCCCAAUUCUGGAGUUGAAGUUGGGAAAUUUCCAGUCAAAAAUCUGGACUAGAACAUCAUUGGAAUUUCUGGGCGAACUCCUUCUGGCCUAGCAAAGAAAGCAGAUCUGAACAA